AUGGUUCGCCCUAAACCUAUUGCAAAAGAUCUCUUGGCCAGCAUCCCUUCUGAUGUUGAUGCACAAUCAACACAAACCCUGCCUCCACCUAAGCCGAAAAGAAUAAAGAAGGCUCAACCAAAGGCUAAGGUAACUCAGGUUAAGUCUAAAGAUGCUCUGCCAAUCUCUAACUUGGCUGAGAGUGACAAAUCUCAACCUUCUGCUGGGAAGAGGCGCUCCGAAGCCCAACCAUCUGAAUCGCCCAAAUCAAAAAAGCCAAGGUCAUCUUCUGCAACGACCUCAGGGUCUAAGAAUCCUAAGCUAGUCGAUAUGAAGAGGGAGUUCUCUUAUCUUCAAAAAACCAACAAGAAUUUGCAGUCAAAGAUGAAAAAGUUGGAGAACCAAGUCGAGGCUGCAAUCAAAGCCCAAACUGAAGCCGAAGAGAAGGCUGAAUCUUCCGAAGCUAUUAGAAAGGUUGCUGAGUCCCAAAGAAAAGAGGCUGAAGAGAAGAUGCUCAACGUUCCUGAGGACUCACCCUUGAGAAAAGCCGACGCCAUUCCUCUUCCAUUCCCUCUUUCUCCACCUCUAAGUCAAGACGUCGGCGAAUCUAAGUCUGAGGAUGGUGAUGAGGAUGAGGAUAAGGAUAAGGAUGAGGCCUUGGUAAGAAAAUCCAAGGAUACUGAUGGGGCCCAGUCCCCUCUUCAGAAGGAGCAAGUCCUAGACUUGACUCAAGAUGAAGAAGGUAAUGAGGUUCCCAAAGACGCUGCUUAUGAGAAGGUAUCAGCCGACGUCCCCUUCGUCGACAAGAGUAUUGAAGAAACUUUGCAAGGAAUUGAUGCUGAGCUAAUGGCGGAGAAGGUGGCCGAGGUUGCUUCUCAACAAUCGUCCGAGGUCCCAGCCCAGCUCACUGUCGACGCUGAAGAACCUUAG